AUCCAUGCAGUGCUUCUAAACUGUAUUAUUUUGCUUAGUUUUGUUUAUAUUUAACGUAUAAGGUAUACUAAAUGUUUAUGAACGUCGGAAUGAAGAGGUUUGUUAGUUAUAUAUUUUUUUAUUCAGGACAAAACAAGAAUCGUUAUUUGUUAGGUUACCUCAUGUGGCGUAUCCUGACAGGAAGACAAGAUUCUAUCGAAUAUCUUAUGCAAGUUCCCGGUCACGCAAAAUGUUUGGUAGAUGCUGGAUUUGGCCAUUUAAAGAAGCUUUACAGAAGAUCGAACAUAGAGACCAUGGACCAGCUUGGAGACGUUGUACGUUUGUCGUCUGCGACCAAUCAAGAAGUUCGGUAUCCAGCAUGGCGGUGGGCUGACUGGAAGAGUUACCUAACUCCAAUGUUCAAAUCAGUUCAUGGAAUAAGGAAGCACCAGUCUUUUAGUAUGACAAUAGACGAACCUGGUGUCGUUACCAUGCAAACUGGAAAAAAUACACCGGAAGUUAAGGUUAACAUCUGUACUGGUAUCCGUGUGAAUGAUGGUAGAUCUACUAUGCUUCAACCAAAAGGACAGAGCAGACAACGAGUUGAAUACCUGUAUAAAAAUGUCAGAAAAUACCUGAAUCCUGCCAAUAUGGAUAUCACGUGCCCGCAACCAGCGCCACGAUAGAUACGUUUUGCCAUAUACAGACUUGUAUUUAAAAUGAGUUGAAGUACUGCAAUUAUUAUUGAGCAAUUUUGAGCAGGAAAGAUUUUUAAAAUGGCGUGUAUUUCAUCAUUAUUUGAAUAUAUUAAAUUUUGUCAUAUAUCUGGUAAAUUUAUAAAUUUGCUAGAAAUAUUCCACCAAUUCAGUGUCGAGUAAUUAUUCAAUCAAGAAAUCCACUUUUUGAAAGGUAAACUAUUUCAAUAUUAUUGAUAGAGCCUUUAAGUUAAUGUUUUAUAUUCUAAUGAUAUGGUUUAAGAUUAAAACAAACAAUUAUGCAUGCAA